AGAAGGAAGAGAGACAUGGAGCAAGUUAGCAAAUUCCUUUUAGCUCUCUUGUUGGUUGUCCAGGAAGCUGCUGUUCAUCCAUAUUCAGUCCCAGCAGACGCAUCCAAUCCGGAAGGGAUGGUGGUGUCCAUAGUAAACAUCACCGCCAAGGAAGGUUCCCGCACGGUUCUCUCGUGCAAGAGCUACCGGAUGGUCUGGACUCAGGACAGUCUGAACGACCACCAGCGGGUGGUUCACUGGGAUCUCUACAGAAGCCAGCAGGCUGCGGAGAGGCUGUGCGACAUGUACUCUGCCGGGGAUCAGCGGGUUUACCACACGUACAACCAGGGACGGAUCUCCAUGCCCGAAAACGCAUUUAUGGAAGGCAACUUUUCAUUGAUCGUCCAAGAUGUUGCUGUGAGCGACCAAGGAAUUUAUUCCUGUAACCUCCACCACCAUUAUUGCCAUCUGUAUGAAACAGUGCAGCUGCAGCUUGAGGUCACUGAAGAAGCCGGGGAAGUCCAGAGAUUCUGGGAUGGAGAGAAAGUGGUGAUGGUUGCCCUGAAAGGGAGUGCGGUGGUACUUCCUUGCAUCAACCGGAACCAGGUCUGGACCGGACGAGAUGAGGAGGAGGACCAACAAGUCGUCCACUGGGACAGGCAGCCCCCAGGAGUGCCUCAUGACCGGGCCGAUCGGCUGAUUGACCUGUAUGCCUCUGGCGAAGGACGUUUGUACGGGCCUUCCUUUCUCCGGCAAAAGAUGAACAUCACCGGGAGGGCCUUUGCCCUGGGUGACUUCUCACUGAGGAUCUCGUCUUUGGAGGCCGCGGAUGAAGGGAUCUAUUCCUGCCACCUGCACCACCACUACUGCGGCCUCCACGAACGGAGGAUCUUCCAGGUCUCGGUGGUAGAGCCGGAACAGGAGAAAAAAGCGGUGGUGAAUCUCACGCGCCCCAAUCCCCCAGCACCAGAUCCUAACUCAGGCCGGAACCACAACGUCAUCAAUGUCAUCAUUCCCGAGAGCCGGGCUCAUUUCUUCCACCAGCUGGGCUAUGUUCUGGCCACUCUCUUGCUCUUCAUCCUGCUCUUGAUCCUUGCAGUUCUCGUGACUCGCCAGCACCGCAGGAGAGGUUUUCAAUACAAUGUGAAAAAAUAUGAUGAAAAAGAACUGACUCUAAGGGAGGUUCCAUUUGAUGCAACCAAUUUGUCAAAUUACAAAAGUGAAGAUUUUAAAUUGGAUUACAAAAACAAUAUCAUGAAGGAGAAAGCUGAACAAAAUAAGAUUCUCCCUGCUAAGAAUAUCGACUUAGACAAAGAAUUCAGGAAAGAAAAUUAUAAAUGAAAACAGCAACUCAAAAGCUACUGGCUGGACCAGAAGCUCCCUUAAGAAUUUAAAAGUACAAGAGAACUUUGUUUUCCUUUUUUUAAAAAAACAUCAUCCUUCCAGUUACCAAGAAGCUUCUGUAGACUUUUUUCCAACCUUGGGCCUAUGAAAGCGUACAAGACACGUAAGCUGUAAAUCCUAUGCACACUCAUUUCAUAAGGUAAACAAGUAUAGGGCUGCCCUGUAAAACUUCCUCUUUGUUAUCUUAUAAUAUAUAUGAUUUUUUUUAAAGGGAGGGUGCAGGUCAGCUUCUUUGUUCUUUUAUCUUGUCCGAUUGCUUAUACUUCCCCCCCCCGGGGAUUUUAUCCCUUUUCUUUAAAUACUUUUGUUUCAGUUAUAUUGAUGAUUUGAGGUUUUUUUUAAUUGCUUAAAAAUAAUAAGCUGAAAAAUUAGAUGCUUGGUUUGCUAUUAAACACAGAGCAGAGAACAUAUUUUUUUUUUCCUGGCACCAACAUUUAAAAUAUGGAGUUAGGAAAGCGAGAAAGAGGUGAGCUCUCUCCACUACUGAGUUAAUGUGCUAUCCAUGUCUCCUUGAAUCAGGAGAAAACAAUAUUUUCCUUACUGGCUACCCCGUUGCCAAUUCUUCUCUAGUUUCUCUUGCCUCUGUUCUUAGUCGCUGCCUUCCAGGAUAAUGAGUAACAAAACCUAACAGAUUUUACACUCUGCGAGGCUGCCAUUUGAUGAUGCCAAAAUAAGGAGGAAAGAACUACAUUAAAAGUCUUAUGAUGAAGGACAGCUAAGCCUGUUGCUUGGGGCUGAGAUGAAGGCAGCAUUGUGGGAACAAGGAGGCAAUUGCUGUUAUCAAGGAAUUAUCAUGCCAUGAUAAAAUAUAAGCGAUAAAAGGCCAAAAAAGAAAGAGACUGACAAUCACAAAGGUUCUUAGUUUUGGGGACAUGUCGACAUUUGUAUUCUGCAGAACUCUUCAUCAGAAGCCUGCAUCAGUAUAUUUUUCAUCAAAAGUUUUGAGUCAGGAGUCUGAACCAGUCCAAACCCAUCCAGUCUUUUCUUGGUAGUAGAGUCUGCUUAAGAGAUAUAUCUGGGCCAAUCCCUGGAGUCUGAACCAGCCAUAAAAUAACUUAGAUGACCUGGCCAGUCUGGGAUGGCCUUCCUGCAUUGUUGAAUCAACAAGAAUGGCCUCUAUUGGACCUGAAGUUUCUACCUAGGCCUCUUCUUCCAAGUCUUCCCGACUCCCUUUAUUUGAAUCCCGUAGAGAAUGCCCCAGUAUUUGGCUCAGGAGCAGCAGGGAUUGGAAAAGGAACCAGAAUCCUUGUAUGGAAGUCUUCUUUUGGAAGCUCACUGCAACUCGGUGAUGGUUCUGUUCCUCCCAAUUUUCUCUCGUCUCGUGCGAUUAUGACAGAUAAUCAUCCAUCUCCAGCUGCAUAAAGAUGACAAAAUAUGGGUUCCGUGGUUGAUUGUAAUCCUUGGACAUAGCAAGACAUGAAACAACAGUACAAGAACUGUAAGAUCUCCCAGGAUGGGGGAGGAUGCCUUGAUUCUAGAUUCCCAUCACUUAGCUGAAGAAUGGAACGACUGACCUCUGGUGUCCCUCCAACUCAAGAUCCCUCAGUCUUCAUAUGUAUAUGUAGUGGUGAAACUGUAUUAUUCAUCCCCCUAUAUUUGACCUCUACUGAAUUGAGGGAAAGGACACAACUUUUGAGAGAAUGAGUUUGAGCUGCUCAGAGUAAACUGGGUGCAGAAAAGCCUAUAAAACAGGCUAUUAGCAAAAAAAAAAAAAAAAAGUGGGGGAGGGGGACUGGCUCUGAUCAAUAUGUGUGCCUGGAAUAUUUUUCCUAGGGUCCCUAAAAUCGUGAUGAUCUUUCACAGUUAGAAGGCAUGGUGAGAAGAACUCUUUUUAAGAGGUAUUGCUAACAACGGCUACCUGAUCUGGCUAAUAAAAUGCUAAGCAAACUCA